GGUUCAUUAUUGCCGAGGUCACCCGUCAGAAGUUAGCCUUUAACUCUGACACUCCUCUUUACCAUUUUUGGAUCUAUUUAAUCCUGAGUCUCUGGCAUAGAGAAUCUGCCGUGGUGGUCUUUCUGUAUUCUAAUUUUGUAGGAAGAGAAUGACUCAUUGGUUUCAUCGAAACCCUUUAAAGUCUACAGCUCCUGUCCCAUUCAAUUACUAUGGAGUGGCCACAACUCCAGCUGCAGCAAAAAUCUGCAAUGAUUUAAGGUUAUCAAGAGCACGACUCCUGGAACUUUUUACUGAUUUGAGUUGUAAUCCAGAUAUGAUGAAAAAUGCAACUGAUUCCUAUUUUUCACUCCUGAAAGGCUUUAUAGUUGCGCUGGAUAGUUCUUCACAGGACAGCAAACUGAGAUACAUUCAGAAUUUUAAAUGGACAGACACGUUACAAGGACAAGUACCAAGUGCCCAGCAAGAUGCUGUGUUUGAAUUAGUUUCUAUGGGAUUUAAUGUGGCCUUGUGGUAUACUAAAUAUGCAUCGAGAUUAGCUGGGAAAGAAGACAUAACAGAAGAUGAAGCAAAAGAUGUCCAUCGAAGUAUGAAAAUAGCAGCUGGAAUUUUCAAACAUUUAAAGGAAAGCCAUAUCCCUAAAUUGAUCACUCCUGUAGAAAAGGGAAGAGAUUUAGAAGCUCGAAUAAUAGAUUCCUAUAUUAUCCAAUGUCAGGCUGAAGCACAAGAAGUGACAAUUGCCCGGGCUAUUGAGCUGAAACACAAUCCUGGUCUAAUAGCUGCUCUGGCCUAUGAAACAGCCAGUUUCUACCAAAGAGCAGAUCAAACGUUAUCUAGUCUGGAUCCCACAUAUUCAGUGAAGUGGCGAAAAUACCUUCAGUUGAAGUCAUGUUUCUAUAUGGCUUAUGCCUACUGUUACCAUGGUCAGACCCUCUUGGCCAGUGAUAAAUGUGGAGAAUCUAUUAGGUCUCUACAAGAAGCAGAAAAAUUUUAUGCCAAGGCGGAAAAAUUGUGCAAAGAAUAUGGUGAAACCAAAGGUCCGGGGACUACAGCGAAGCCUUCUGGACAUCUCUUCUUUACGAAAUUAGGAACUCUGGUCAAAAAUACCUUAGAAAAAUCUCAGCGAGAAAAUGGAUUCAUUUACUUCCAGAAGAUUCCUCCAGAGGCUCCCCAGCUUGAGCUGAAAGCAAACUACGGUCUAGUUGAGCCUAUUGCUUUUGAAUUUCCGGAUGUGCAUGCCCAGUGGUCCCCAGAAUCCCUUGCCGCAUUUGAUCUCACCAAAAGGCCAAAGGAGGACAGUGCUAAACCAAAGCCAGAGGAAGAAGUGAAACCUCUGAAAGAACCAGAUAUAAAGCCUCAAAAAGACACCGGGUGCCAGAUCUCAUAAGAUCCUCAAAUGUGAAGAAAUACUCCUUGUGAACUGCAUUCUGUAAACUUUAGGUUACUAUUGCCUAUCCUGUGUGCUGGUUCUUCUGGCUGCCUGUACUGUAAAAACAAUGCACUCCUUUUCAACUGGUAUAUAUAUAUAUCUAUCUUUCAUUGGCUGGGUUGAAUGGCUUUGUUUCAAAAGAAGUAUAUUGAAGAAGAACAGAUUAAAGCUGGAUUGGUAAAAGUUUGGGACCUCGUAGUAGAAAUUAGCAUUUAGAUGAACAGGCAUCUGAUUCUGGAACAAAUAAUGGCGAAUGCAAGGGAUGAGACAGGCUGUGCUCAGGGGUUGUAAGGUCUGCACAACAAUGAAGCAAGCAAGACAAAAAUGUAUUACCGUAUUUUAAGCUCAAAUUAUUCAGAAGAAUAAACCAUAUUAUCAACAAGAGGAAAAUAUAGUUUAGCACAGGAAAGUUCUAGGCAGUAUAAAUUAAGUCCCUGUAGGAAUAUAGAUUGUUGCCAUCUUUGUACUUCGAAUUUUACAAAGGAAAUCAAAGGAAAAGGUGAUUUCAGAUAAUGGUUGAUUCUAUGGGAUCAGUCUCAGUGGAAUCACUUUAAGUACUGUUAUGUCAAAUCAAUAAGGAGGUUUUCCUAAAUAAAGGAGGCUUUCCAUAAUAAUUAGCAGGCAAAAACAUUUAGAAUUAAGACACAAGGUAAUAACAGCUGGAUAUGUGGGGGAAAAAACCUGAAUAAAAAUUAUUCCGUGCAGUUACUGUAUAUCCGUCUUUCGAUAUAUCCACAACUAGAAAGUCACAGUAUGCAAUUUGUUGCCAGCAGUUGUAUAUUUGUUGCCAGCAGAAAACAUUGCUGUUUUUUA